AUGGAUAUUCCUUUGUUUGAACUUUUGGAACCACUAACAAUGUUAGUAGAGCAAGUGCUAGGUCUAAAACCACUGCUGACAGCGUUGAUGUUGUUCAAAAGAGAAUGUCUGAAUAUCACUAUUAUAGAACUUUAUGGUGGGAAAAAGGCGAUUUCCAUUAAAAAGCAAAUUGGGAAGAAGCAACAAAUAAUGGAUGCUUGUAGAAAUGUUAAGUGGACCCCUGCUCAUAUUUUUAGCAUUGGAUCAACUCGGACCUAUGCUGAUGGUUCCGCAAAGGAGGCUGACAAUUCAUUUCGUCCGGAAAAACCAGAAGUAAAAUUUCCGAACGGAAUCGAUAAAGGGACUCGCCCAUGGCCAAAUCUGGUUAUCGAAGUUGCAUAUUCCGAGACAAUAGAUCAUGUUACAGACAGGGCAAGAAACUACUGGUUAAAGCCUGAUCGUGUCCAUGAUGUCAUUGUUGUAAAAAUUGAACCGGUUCUUGAGGGUCAAAUACCUACUCGUAUGAUAGCAUGGCAUUAUUGUAUUUCAGAUAAAAGAACGAGAUUUAACUUUCCUGCCAGAACUACGUUUGAAUUCGGCACGAUUGACGAGAAUGGAACUCCUUUGGCUUUUCCGCAAGGUGCAUGUGUCAUAAACAUUGCAUUAAGCUGUUUAUACCACGAUGUACAUUCUUCUAUCACCAUUCCUUCGAGUCUUCCCCAUCCUAUCCCAAUCGAUUUCCUUUUUAUUCAAAAUGCAAUCAUCACAGCGCUUACGCCCCAGAAAAGAUAA